AUGGCGACCAAUUUGGCAAGCCAACUCUCCCAAAUUGCGGCCAAUUCCACAGAUACCCUGAACCUUAAAGCACAGAAGGCGGCACAUUCAAAGUCGUUAAUAUUUGAGCCCAGAAUCGCUGCGUCGCAAAGUUUUGACACCAUAUAUACAUUAUGCCAUGAGGGUUUUCAGGAGUUAUGUCUUCUGGAUGGGCGGUUCUUGGAGUUCCAGAGAAAUAUUUUCAGCGAGCAAAGUCAAGAAGAAGACAGAACCCAGAUGACCGCCGAAGAGAACUCUGAGCUCGACAAGAAAUUGGAAUCAUUUUUGGGCUUGGUUGGUGGGCGAUUAAGAUUGAAUCCGGCAAUUAAAGCAGUUGAAUGGCUGGUCAGGAGGUUCAGAAUCCACGAGUAUAACACCUCCUUCGUCCUGACAACCUUCCUACCCUACCAUACCCUCCCUAUAUUCCCGACCCUUCUGUCUAUCCUUCCUGCCAAUAUCCCAGCGCAUUACAAAUUUCUUCACCCAUACAUACGAUCAUUAGCUCAACCUCAGAGACACACCAUAGUCCACGCCGCAACAAACAACAUUCUGUUCGCCUCGACUUUGAAUGAAUAUGUACUUCGCAUAAGCAAAGCUCAUCAACACUACCCAGCUCUCCUUGCUUUUUGGGCUGGUGUUAUGACUGAAGCUACCAGCGGAAUGCUGGAUAAAUCCCGGUCUGGUAGAAAAGGAGUACAACAGCAGAACGAACAAGAUGUCAUAUUGAGACUGUUGCCGGUAUUGAACGAAGGACUGGCUAUGAAGAAGGUGCCUGAUCUUCGUAUUGGGUGCUACAUGCUACUUUCUGUCAUGGCUUCGAAAGGUGGACUGGACGACAAACUUCUCACAGCAAUGAUGGAGGCCGUAGUGCUCGGCUGGACCUCCGAAACUACCUAUCCUGGCCUUGUCUGUUUGUCAGUAUUGGCACAGCACAGAGGAGCAAAACAAAUCACAGCAAGGCUCACAAAAGAAUUGUUGAAGAUUCCCGAUUUACUUACUCUCAUCGUUGAGCUAUCUAAAGGGCGACGUGUUGAUAAAUUGGCAAAUGGGCUGUCUCUCGCACUUGUGCAUCGGCUUGGGAAAAAAGGAGACAUUACAGGACUCCCGAUAGUCGUACAGAUUAUUGAGAAGCAGUUAUUGAGCGACGCCCAGGCUUCAGUGAUUGUCAAGGCGUUGCUGCUAGUUGCACACCAAAUCGAUAACAGCAAUGCUUCACAAGAAGACCUGCGAUCACAUCUUGCUUCUUCUCUGGUGACUCUCACACAGCUGCCAGGCCAUGUAGGGUCUGUGGUUCGAGGAGCCUUGAAGGAAACAGACAUCGACAUUGACGAAUUAGAGAUGAAGCUACACACCACCAUCAGAAGAGAGGAGCUUCCCGAGCCAUCAUCGGGCGACGUGGAAAUGGUAGAUGCAGAUGUCGAUACUGAAAGUAAUAGACCCAACUUCUCGACACUUCUCCAACAACUUUCGAAAAGGACCACCAACGAGUCUUCAUUCUUGUCCCACGAAUCCUCCCAUAUCUACUCGGAUCUAUGCCAAGCAUUUCUAGUCGCUACGACUAGUACUGCAGACCUGGAUCUGUUUGAUGAGAUCCCCCUACUUCGACGCAGUUCUGCACUGGAAGACACUAUUUACCUCAGUUUCUAUAUGAGAACUUGGUGUGGCCCAUAUCCAGUUAUGGCUCGGAUGUCAGCCAUUCAAAUGGCAAACCGCUGCUUGAUGAGUGGAAAGGAAUCGAACGUAGAUAUACAAGCGAUAAUUCCUUACGCAAUCGCAGCACUCGGUGAUCCCGCCACAAAAGUACGCCGUGCUGCCGCAGAGCUUCUCAUUACGAUGGAUCAAUUUUAUCCAGCCAAGGUCGAAUCCAAGAAAAGUGCAAAGCAACUUCGACAGUGGGCUUUUGAUGACAUAUACGGUGCAGGCGAAGAAACUCAAGGGACUGAGUGGCUUUCACCAGAUGUGGUCGUUCGUCUCCUCCGAGACGUGCUCCUACCGGCUUUAGAGGAAUGUGUCCUUGACGGAAAGCAUAUCGAAUCGGUGUUCGAGAAAUCCAUGAAUAGUCCCCGCAGCUCAGACAGCCCCAAGAAUCAGGAAAAGGGACGACUUUCGCAAGCCGCUCGAUUAUCGAUCUUGUCCUUCUUAGCCAGUCAUGUCGUUCAUACCCCUACGUAUUUGGUCAAGCUAAGAUUACUUGCUUCUCUUAAUCAAAUCCGUAGUAUUGCUACCACAUCAAGGACAAAAGUUCUACUCCCCGUUCUUCAGAAAUGGGCAUCACUUAGCCCAUCAGAGGCAUUGGAACACUGUCAAAAUGAGAAAAUCGAGCUCAGCGAAUUUAAUGAACAAGCGGUAUUAACCGUUGCUGCAAAUGACAAAGAAGGCCUCCAACUUUUGACAAGAAUUAUCGAUGGAGACCUCGCAGCAGACCGGGCUGAACUUAUGGGAGCAGUAUUCAGAAGACUGCGGGCCAUGUGGCCUUCUUUGAAAGGCGAAACUCGACUACAGACUGCCCAAAUGCUGCUGGAUUCCUCACAGGCUUCACCAGACAAUGCAAACUAUCAUAAGUUAGCUUCUGAGGAGUCAGCUGAGCUACUAAGAACCUCGCCACUCUCCACAGAUAUACUUCUAUCCUUCCUUACGCAACUUCCAACAGCCGCACAGCUCGCUGGCACACCUCCCGCUACCAAAAGGAGACGAACUAGUCAUGGUGAAGUUGCUAGAACCCCAAUUCAGGAUUCGAAGCAACUCUCUGCAGCUAUUAGGAAGGUCACAUUUGUCUUACAACUCAUUGACAGUUCCGAUCCAGGCACUCGCCCAGAGCUCCUCAAGGGCCUCUUCAAUGCGUUGGCUGAACUGCAACAUUUCAAGGCCCAAGUUGCUUCAGAGCUUGCAUAUCUACAGGGCCUAGUACUGGGUAGUCUUCUCGCCAUUUUACAGUCUUUCAAAUCAAAUCGCAACAGGAAAUUAGAUCACUCGGCUGUUCGCGCAGAUCUACUUGUUGAUUGUGUUCAGAAGACUGCAAGUCCGCAAGUACAGAACGCCGCACUGCUUCUCAUUGCCUGUCUGGCAGAUACUGCACCGGAACUUGUUCUUCAUAGCGUCAUGCCCAUCUUCACAUUCAUGGGCAAUUCGGUGCUGAGGCAGAACGACGAUUACUCUGCACACGUCAUAAGCCAGACUAUCCGCGAAGUCAUUCCUCCAUUGAUCUCGUCACUUCGAAAGGAGAAGGGCAAUCCAGUCACUGGUGCGGCCGAACUUUUAUUGAGUUUCGUUGCAGCCUACGAACAUGUCCCGGCCCACCGUCGGAGAGGCCUCUUCACCUCUCUGGUUCAGACUUUAGGCGCAGAGGACUUCUUGUUCGCGCUAUUAGCUAUGCUGGUUGACAAAUAUGGCCCAAAUGAAAGUAUCAAGACCUUUGCGGUUGAAUUGUCAAGCUCAUUCAGUGUUGAGAUACAACUUCAAUCAGCUGUCAAGUACCUCGAACUUGUUGGCGAUAUUCUCAAACCGAAACCGACCUACUCAAGCGUCUUGCUAAGCACCAAUAAUGAGGGCAUUCAAGACCCUCAAAAAUCGGCCUUGAACGAGUUGACACUCUUGCCACAUAUUCUUUCUCAAAAGCGCUUGAUUGCCCAGACAGGGAAAUUGCUUGCUCGCGACGAUAUGGAUUCAGCGAGAAUUCGCGAUCUCUACUCGACUCUAUUGGAAAAUCUCUUGGCUCUUGCGGACACAUUGAAGAACCAAAAGCGUCUGCAUAGUGCUUGUGGAGACAUUCUGGAGAGUCUACUCGGCCUCCUCUCUACAAGCGAGUUUGUCAAAUCUGUAGAAGGCCUACUAGACGGUCCAAAUGAGUCAUUACGCCGCAAGAUACUGCGCUCUUUAGAAGUUCGUAUCGAUCAAGAAAGUCAAUCAGAUGCCGUUUCGAGGGCAGCAAUGCUUGGUUUUCUGCCGCAACUCACAGCAAUUAUUCGAGAGUCUCAAGAUGUUCUAUACAAGCACACAGCGGUGGCUUGUGUUGAUAAGAUCUCAGAAAAGUACGGGAAGAAAGACCUCGAAGCUGUGGCAGCUGCUGCCCAGACAAUUGCGAGCGAUCAUUGUCUCGGCCAGUCAGAUGAUCGUCUCCGGGUUAUGGCCCUUUUAUGCUUAGCCUCGCUAGUGGAGAUCCUGCGAGAAGGUAUUGUCUCUGUAUUGCCCAUAGCUAUUCCCAAAGCUUUGGAAUAUAUGGAGACGAGCGUGAAAGACAAUGUGGAGGCUCAAAAGCUGCACAAUGCAGGAUAUGCGUUCAUCAGCUCACUGGUCCAUCACGUGCCUUAUAUGAUUUCAGGCGGAUAUCUAGACAAGCUUCUUUCGAUAUCCAAUGCAUCUGCUGAAGCCGAUCUUGAUGACGAAGCAGACGAAAGCAGGGUCCAAUGUCUUCAACUUGCCGCUAAACAGAUUGAUGCCAAGAGCCUUUUCGGAGCUUUGGAGAAGAACUGGGAGGAAGCCGCUGCAGCAGGGGUUCUGGCUCUUCGCGAAUAUCUGGAAGUCCUCAACAUUGCCCUUGAAAAACAUCCUAGGAGCAUUGUCACCAAAUACUCAUCGGUUCUGGCCAAGAUAUUCCAGAAUGCAUUUGAUCUUCGCAGACAGUGGGUGGCUGCAGCAGAGGAUCAUUUGUCCGCCGAGACAAUGAAAGAAGUAGAAGCUGAAGUGAACGAGGUCGCCAUCAAAAUGAUUUACAAAUUCAAUGAUUCGACAUUCCGACCAAUGUUUUCCAAUCUCGUCGACUGGGCGUCAAAGUCUCUACCUAAGAAAGAUAAAUCGGGUAGAAUAUUACGCCUGCAAAGCUUAUAUGGCUUCAUGAUUGUUUUCUUUGACAAUCUCAAAUCAAUUGUUACCAGCUAUGCUACCUAUUUGCUGGACAACGCUGUGGAAGCACUGAAGACUGUGGAUCUAAAAGAUGAGGAGUCGAAGGAACUCUGGUCAAGAGUGCUUCGGACCUUGGUCAAAUGCUUCGAAUAUGAUCAAGACGACUUUUGGCAGACUCCAUCUCACUUCAGUGUCAUUGCCCCUGUUUUGAGCGCGCAGUUCGUCCAUGCUUCAGGAUUACCAUUGGUCCAGGAGCUUGUGCCUGCCAUUGUUGAGCUUGCUGCUGCUGCGGAUUCGUCAGAUCACCAUAAGGAGCUCAAUGGGGCGAUUCUCAAACACAUGCGAUCCGAGAAUGCCGGUAUCAGAUUGGCGGCGGUGAAGUGCGAGCAGGCUUUGACUGAUCGGUUAGGCGAAGAAUGGCUAUCCAUGUUGCCGGAGAUGUUACCAUUUAUCAGUGAACUUCAAGAAGAUGAUGAUGAGGUGGUUGAGAAGGAGACCCAUCGCUGGAUUGUAAAGAUUGAAGGAGUUCUUGGAGAGAGUUUAGACUCUAUGCUUCAGUAG